AGUCUCUCCUGCAUAAAAUCGUCGCCUCCCCGUAACCCUAAUUUUUUAUUCAAUUUCAAUACUGGAUAACUCGAAAAUUCCUCGGUAAUCGCUCACCUAAAUCGAUGUCACCGUAACGUCGCCUGAGAUCGAUCGGCGGAUGAAUCUUUAGGAUCGAUGGAGCUAUUCCAGCGUGCGAAGUCCGUUCGGCUGCGAAGCCACCACGACAAAUACCUCCUUGCAGAUGAGGAUCAGGAGCACGUGUGCCAGGAACGUAAUGGCUCGACGCGCCGAGCGCGGUGGACGGUGGAGUUUGUGGAGGGUUUCCCCGUAAUCCGUCUCAAUAGCUGCUAUGGCAAGUACCUCCCGGCCUCUAGUGAGCCCUUUCUUCUCGGAAUGACUGGAAGCAAGGUCCUGCAGACCCUUCCCCGUCGACUCGAUUCAUCGGUGGAAUGGGAGCCUAUCCGAGAUGGAAUGCAGGUUAAGCUCAAGACGCGAUACGGGAAUUACCUCCGCGCUAAUGGAGGUCUGCCGCCGUGGAGAAACUCCGUCACGCACGACAUUCCGCACCGCCACCACGAUUGGUUGCUUUGGGACGUGGAUGUCAUCGAGAUCCGCCCGCUCGAGCCGUCCUCAGCAGAACCUGAGAACUCAUCUAUUUCCUCCUCGUCGGAAUCAUUUCGCAGGUUGUCCAAGCAAGAGUCAUCCUCUUCUUACAGUGGUUCACCUCACAAGUCUGAAGGUCGGAUCAUUCACUAUUUAAUUACGGACGAUAAUGGUGAAGUUGGGAAUGGUGAUGAGUUUACGUUCAGAUUCAAGGGGACUAGCGUGGAGGAACUAACUCAAAAGCUGAUGGAAGAAACAGAGCUACCUGAUAUUAUUGUUUGCUCCCGAAACCCUUUGAAUGGGAAGCUCUAUCCUCUGCAUCUGCAACUUCCUCCAAACAACACAACAAUGCAUGUGGUGUUGGUCCCCUCUAAUUCACAAUUUGCCCAGAGUUUACCGAAGCCACAAAAUCACCUGUAGAAGUUUGGUUUAUUAUUAUAUUAUAUUCACAUAUACAUAUUUAAUUUUUUUCCAAAGCAAAGUGGCAGUUGAAUCCAGCCCCUUGAGAUUCUUCACUUCGUACACAUUCAAUCUGCAAUCAGAGGAACUUUAAGAAACAGGUGAAUUUGAAAUAAUAUAUUUUAUUUGCAUAAGUAUAGAAUUUAUUAUAUAAGGAUUGUUCAGUUCUUGUGUAAAUUACUGUUGUAUGAUCUAUUUUAGAACUCAUGCAGCUGCUAGAUUUUUGUGCAUAGGUUUUGAUUCUCUACG